AUGGGAGCAAGUGGUGGAUCUGACGUACUCCCUGCGCCUUGGAGCGAAGCCCAAGCCCAUGGAGCAGGAUGAAGCUGCAGUAGAGAGGCUUCGGUUUGUACCCCCAACAUGGACUUACGAAUGUGAUGAAGACCUGGUGCAUUUCCUGUAUGAUCACAUUGGGAAGGAGGAUGAGAACUUGGGCAGCGUCAAGCAGUAUGUGGACAGCAUCGAUGUCUCGUCCUACACGGAGGACUUCAAUGUGUCGUGCUUGACCGACAGCCACGCUGACACAUACUGGGAGAGCGAUGGGUCCCAGGGCCAGCACUGGGUGCGGCUCAACAUGAAGAAGGGCACCAUUGUCAAGAAGCUCCUGCUGACAGUGGAUACCACCGAUGAGAACUUCAUGCCCAAGCGGGUCGCCGUGUAUGGGGGCGAGGGGGACAAUCUGAAGAAAUUGAACGAUGUUGGCAUUGAUGAGAGCCACAUUGGGGAUGUGUGCGUUCUGGAAGACAUGACAACACACCUGCCUGUCAUUGAGAUCCGGAUUGUGGAGUGCAGAGAUGAUGGUAUUGAUGUUCGCCUCCGAGGCAUCAAAAUCAAAUCCUCCCGACAGAGGGACUUGGGGCUCAGCGCUGACAUGUUCCAGCUGCCCAACUUAGUGCGCUACCCUCGCCUAGAAGGGACAGACCCUGACCUGCUGUACCGACGAGCUGUGCUCAUUCAAAGGUUCAUCAAGCUUCUGGACAGUGUUCUGCAUCACUUGGUGCCAGCCUGGGACCAUACUGUUGGCACGUUCAGCAAACUCAAGCAUAUCAAACAGUUCUUGCUGCUGUCCAAGAGACGCACAGCUCUCAUUACCCAGUGUCUGAAGGACUCGGAGACCAGCAAGCCCAAUUUCAUGCCGCGGCUCUAUAUCAACCGACGCCUGGCUAUGGAGCACCGAGACAACCCUGCCCUGGACCCCAGCUGCAAGAAUGCUGUCUUCACACAGGUGUAUGAAGGCCUGAAACCCUCAGACAAGUUUGAAAAGCCUCUAGAUUAUAGGUGGCCAUUGCGUUAUGACCAGUGGUGGGAGUGCAAGUUCGUUGCAGAGGGCAUCAUCGACCAAGGUGGUGGUUUUCGGGACAGCCUGGCAGACAUGUCGGAGGAGCUGUGUCCCAGCUCGGCAGACACCCCUGUGCCUCUGCCCUUCUUUGUGCGCACAUCCAACCAGGGUAAUGGCACUGGAGAAGCCAGGGACAUGUAUGUCCCCAACCCCUCCUGUAAAGACUUCCCAAAAUACGAGUGGAUCGGGCAGAUCAUGGGAGCAGCUCUGAGGGGCAAAGAGUUUCUGGUCCUGGCUCUUCCUGGCUUUGUAUGGAAACAAUUAACAGGGGAGGAGGUCAGCUGGAGCAAAGACUUCCCUGCUGUGGACUCUGUGCUGGUGAAACUCCUGGAGGUGAUGGAUGUCAUGGACAGAGAUACCUUUGAGUUCAAAUUUGGGAAUGAGCUGACCUACGACCAGCGCGUGGUGGAGCUGAUCCCCAACGGCAGCAGCACCGUGGUGCGCUACGAGGACCGCAAGGAGUUCAUCCGCCUGGUGCAGAAGGCUCGGCUGGAGGAGAGCAAGGAGCAGAUCAUGGCCAUGCAGGCUGGGCUGCUGAAGGUGGUGCCUCAAGCUGUUCUUGACCUCCUCACCUGGCAGGAGCUGGAAAAAAAAGUCUGUGGAGACCCUGAAAUCACAGUGGAUGCCCUGAAGAAGCUCACUCGGUUUGAGGACUUUGAGCCAUUGGACACCCGUGUUCAGUACUUCUGGGAAGCACUCAACAACUUCACCAAUGAGGAUCGCAGCCGUUUUCUCAGAUUUGUCACUGGCAGAAGCCGCCUUCCAGCACGGAUCUACAUCUAUCCAGACAAAAUGGGCUCUGAGACGACAGAUGCUUUGCCAGAGUCGUCGACCUGCUCCAGCACCCUCUUCUUGCCCAACUAUGCCACAGCCAAGGUAUGCGAAGAGAAGUUGCGCUACGCUGCGUACAACUGCGUGGCCAUUGACACAGACAUGAGUCCAUGGGAAGAGUGAUGCUGCAGUCUGACCAAUCAGCAUGGACAAUCGUUUGACAAAACUGUGCCGUGGGAGGAGCUCCCUUGUCCUUCCAGGAUGUAUAUAUAUAAUAAACAUAUAGGUGUGAA